CGCAGGCAGCUCCAGCAUCCCUUCUACCGGGGCUCAUCCCCCUUGUUGAGCUCCCUCCAGGGCUUUUUGUCUGGUGGUGAUACUUUUUAUGAGGCUGCUUGUCCUUCCACCCGUGCUGCCGCUGCGGCUGCUGUGCGCGGAGAACCCGGAGGACGCGCUCGGCGCUGGCCGGGAAGGAUCAUGUGAUAGCGAAGUCCACGUCCCCUUUCGCCCCCCAACCCCCGAGCGCUCGGCGAGGAUGAGGCUGCCGGCUCUCAGCAUGCUGCUGGCGGCCGGGCUUCUGCACACGCAGGCCUCCCCGCCGACGCGCUCCUUCCAGGUGGAUUACGAGCAGGGCUGCUUCCGCAAGGACGGGGCCCCGUUCCGCUACAUCUCGGGCAGCGUCCACUACGCGCGGGUCCCGCGGCCUGCCUGGAGGCACCGGCUCCGCAGCGUGUACCUCAGCGGCCUCAGCGCCCUGCAGCUCUAUGUCCCCUGGAACUACCAUGAGCCGCUGCCGGGGGUUUAUGACUUUGCCGGGGACCGGGACAUAGAAGCCUUCCUGGACCUGACGGCUGAGCUGGGGCUUCUGGUGAUCCUGCGGCCGGGGCCCUACAUCUGUGCAGAGUGGGAGAUGGGUGGCCUGCCUGCCUGGCUGCUGUGGAAACCAGACAUUGUCCUGCGUUCCUCUGACCCUGCCUACCUGGCAGCCGUGGACUCCUGGCUCCACGUCCUGCUACCCAAGAUCAAGCCACGGCUGUACCAGAAUGGAGGGAACAUCAUCAGUGUGCAGGUGGAGAAUGAAUACGGGAGCUACUACGCCUGUGACUAUGGGUACCUGCGGCACUUGCUGGGCUCCUUCCGGGCGCUGCUGGGGAGCGAGGUGCUGCUCUUCACUACCGACAGCGCGCGGGCUGAGGAGCUGCGCUGCGGCACGCUACACGGCCUCUACGCCACUGUGGACUUCGGGCCAGGCUCCAAUGUGACAGAGGCGUUUGGUGCCCAGCGCCAGGCUGAGCCGAAGGGGCCCCUGGUGAACUCUGAGUACUACACGGGCUGGCUGGACUACUGGGGGGGUGCACAUGCCAGCAUCAGCUCGGCACAGGUGGCCCGGGGGCUGGAGGAGAUGCUGCAGCUGGGAGCCAGUGUCAACAUGUACAUGUUCCAUGGGGGAACAAACUUCGCCUACUGGAGCGGUGCUGACUUCAAGGACCAGUACCAACCAGUGACCACCAGCUAUGACUAUGAUGCUCCCCUCUCAGAGGCAGGAGACGCCACUGAGAAGCUGUUUGCCAUCCGCACGGUCAUCAGCAAGUUCCAGCCCGUGCCAGUUGGUCCAAUGCCACCUGCUACCCCCAAAUAUGCCUAUGGCCGGGUGGCCCUGCACAAGUAUGCCGACCUCCUGGACGUCUUGGAUGUGCUGUGCCCGUCCGGGCCCAUCCUGAGCCAGUUCCCCCUCACCUUUGAGGCCAUAAAACAGACUCAGGGCUUCAUGGUGUACCGCACACAGCUGCCCCGGGAUGUCCCGGAGCCAGCCAUGCUGAGCACUCCUCCCCACAGCCUCUGCGACCGCGGCUACGUCAUGCUGCAGAAGGAGUACCAGGGCACGCUGGAGCGGGACGGACAGACAACACUGCAUGUGACAGGCAGCGCAGGGGACACCCUGGAUUUACUUCUGGAGAACAUGGGCAGGAUCAGCUUCGGGGCCAACAUCAGUGACUUCAAGGGCUUGCUGGGCAAUGUCUCCUUGGACUCCAGCCCUCUCAGCAAGUGGCAGAUCUACCCUCUGGCCAUAGACACUGCGGUCCGGCAGGGCUGGCCCCAUGCUGCCCUGCCAAAAUCAAGCAGCAGGGGCAGAGCAGGGCCAGCCUUCUACACUGGAACCUUUGAGACCCCUGGCAUUGCCUGGGACACCUUUGUGAAGCUCCCGGGUUGGAACAAGGGCCAGCUGUGGAUAAAUGGCUUCAACCUGGGCCGGUACUGGCCCUGCCGCGGGCCCCAGCAGACCCUCUUUGUGCCUGGCUCAGUGCUGCAUGUUGGUCAGCCCAACAACAUCACGGUGCUGGAGCUGGAGGGGGCACCUCCCGUCCCUUUCUUGCUCUUCCUCGACCGACCCGUUUUCAACAGGACCCUCGGCUGCAGCACUGUGGCCUCUUAAUAAACACAGAGCUGCGGGGCAGCAGCCUUACCCCAGGCUGGGGCUGCAAAGGCAGGGGGC